AUGAAAGAACAAAAGAACAAAGAUAUGUGGGGUACGGGCCAUAUCACGAGUGUUGCUAUUCUCGUCGAUAUGGCCCAAGCAGACUCGAUCGCCGAGAGUACAGCGGACAGCAGACAGCGGACAGAGGCCAGAGGACCGACUCUUCCGGCGAUUGUUUCACCAGUGCAGAAUCAAAAAAGGCCGAGCACGGAUCAGCGCAGCGUCGAUGCAGGCUCGUAUAUCCCGUCUAAAGAGAGCCGCGCCGAGAAACGCGCCAAUCAUCAAGCAUCCACUACGAGGAUGAUGCUAUUUUAA